AUGGCUCUGGUCGUGUUGCCGGGCUUGGUCGCCAGCGUGAGCCCAUCACUGACCUACGCUGCCUGUCCUCAAUGCACCAAGAAGCUGCAGCCUCGCAACGAGCAAACCAUGACCUGCUUGACCUGCCACAUAGUUCAAGAUCGUGCAGAGGUCACGCCGCGAUGGCGCAUUCAGCUCACCAUUCACGAUCACCAGAAAACAUACCUGGCCACGCUCUUUGGAGCCAACGGUGACCGCCUCAUGGGCGUGAGUGCCCCCACCUUUGCCAUGUGGCGCCAAGACCUUGCCCCAUACUUUCCACAACCCGGUCAGCUGGACGCAGCCAUCCACCGCGCUCUGUCCUCCUGGAUCGCUGGGGCGCUCUACCUCUUGGCCAUUGAGCUUCAACCCCGCGUGCAACGCCAGCUACAGGCCCAUCUCACACGAACCAACUCAACAUUGCUUGGCUGGCGUCAUCUUGAAGCCGUCUUGCACAAGAACCACUUUGUCGUCUCCAACCUCACUCGGCAGACGGCUUUGGCCGCCCCGCUAAUGGAUCUCUUGCGUGCCCGCCUUACGCCCCCCGCCACCGCCGGGCCCGGUGCCUUGCAACAAGACUUGUGUUUGCCCAGCACCACACCAGACCCACAAGCUUCUCCAAUUCAGGCACCGGCUCAUCAGAUCCCACACACCCGCUCUGCCCACACCCCUCAGGUGCCCUCUCAGGCCGGCCUCACCUCGCAGUGUCUCGACCUGCCCGUUGCUCUUGGUGUGCACAUGGACCACGAACUGGAUUCAACCAUUCUCGGCCCCUCAGACCAUGGCCAAGGCCCUAGUCAUGACCACGAUGCAUCAAACCCCGCCCCAUGGAUGGCUCUGUCCCCCGCACUGGAUCAAGCGAGCGCGACAACAGCAGCCCGAUCAAAACGGUCGGGGUUGGAACCUCGCGGAGCGAACCGAGGGCCAUUUACAGCCGUACCCAUUUCGGUCCAAUCUUAUGCCUUGCCUGCUUCCUCCUCACCACCCCUGGAGCACGAAGCAGCAACCCGUCUCCCAUCGCCCCCGCCUUUGUCACAGGCCGACAGCCUGGAGACCGACACCCGCGUUGAGAAUGACUCAAGCAGUCCCCUGCCCCCUGCCACCGAUGCUCGUGACAUCGACCCACGCGAGAGCCCACUCGCCCCACCCACGCCCUCCAGCAUGCCUGUAUCGGGAACCCAAACUGCGUCCUGCGAGGAGGCCACAACGUCGCGCAAGCCAGAGCGCAGGCAUUCCCCUCUCAAAGCGACGAAGACCAAAACGGGCCUGUGCAGACAGACCCCGCGAUUCGUCGUGGCCCCGUCUCCAGCCCCGAGUCAGCCCCAGCCAGAGCGAGCUGGUCGGGUCCAGCUCAUGGCUGGCAAUGCAGCCACUUCAACACCGCUACCAGCUGCCUCGCCACGAUCCAGACGCUCUCGUUUGGAUUCCACAACGACCGCUUCAGACAAGGUCGCACAGCCGGCCACUAAAACUGAGAUCGAGCCCAGCCCCGACGCAACCCGAACGUUGGGCAGGCAAAACGAACGAGAGCCGCCGCCGUCACCCACACCACCAAAAGAUCACGCGCUGGAUGUUGCCCUCGGUGCUGUGCCAUCGACCCCGGCUCUGGUUGGGCUCUGGCGGCCUGCUGCCGCUGUUGUAACCGAGACACCGCAGUUGUUUGGCUGCCGCCCAGCCAGAGAAGAUGCACUCGUAUCAGCCAGCCCCUCACUGGAGUGCGCACAGCGCGCAGCGGGUCCCCACAGCGGAAGGCCGUCAGCAGCAAGCUCUGAUCUUGCCAAUGCUUUGCCGAUCGAGAGCUCGCUUUCGCCGUCGACACAGAAUCCCAUGCUGCAGCUGCACUUUGACACACAGCCACCAGAAGUGAGCUCCCGUUACGAUGCUCUUCACGCUGCAGCGCUGGAGUUGGAAGGUCUUGAGGAUGUUUUAAACGACCAUCCCGACUCGACACAGCCAUCGCCGAGUUUCAAAGCCGAUUCAGGUCGCACGACCCGAGACAUGGGCACACAAACAGGCAUCAGUGCAGAGGACUUUGACGCGUUGUGGACGGCCAGCCCUGAAUCUGAACGGGAGGAAAUUUUGGCGUACCGCGUGACGACCACCAAGACUGGUGAUUUGACCACGGAAUAUCUCGUGCAGCGUGCGAGUGAGGAAGCACGCUGGGAACCAGAAUGCAGCCUCUCUCGAGCAGCCAUGAUGUUGCAUGCCGACAAACUUGCCGCUUCACGCGCAGACUUGGUGGAGCGCCAGCGCCAGCUACAGGGCCCGCCCACCAGUCAUAUGAGAAUUGCUUCAGGUCCGACUAGGAAAGAGAUAGAGACUGCUGCUAGCAACACGCACGCUUCGAAGGCGGGUUUGGACGCUGAUGAUACGAUUGAAUCCGAUACGCCACGUGCUGCGCAACAAACCAUCAAGCGCAUCAAACCAGCAGUCGAAGGCUUUGAUGGAGCAGGCGGAAAGGAGCUGGGUGCCGUGACUGGAACCUGUCUGUGGCGGCGUUGCGGGAGCGCUGAGGCCUGGGAGUUGCCAGUCGGAAAGAUGGAGGAUUUUGUGCACCGGCUCAAACGGCGACUGCGGCGGUCGCAUCGGCUUGACCGCGCUUCUGUGCAAGACCUGGUACGGCAAACGCUGCGAGGCAACGUUGACGAGCAAGACGAAUUGGGACGCACGGCCUUGAUGCACAUUUGCGCGCUGGGUGCCUCGCGAGUGCUCAAAUACCUGCUACAAGACUACUCGCCAAACUUGCUCUUACGGGACUGUGAUGGGGCAACCGUGUUGAGUCACGCGGCCAUGUCAGGGCGGCGCAAGCACCGGCUGCAGCUGGCUAUCGCGCUGUUGCGCUACGGUGCCCCUGCGCAGGUGGAAGCCCUGUUGCAAACCUCGCACUUUCAAGGGCGUACAGGAGCUGCAAUGGUAGCUGCCAUUGUGGAGAUGGGCCGUUCCCGCUAUUCGGAAGACGCAGACUACCUCGUCUACUUGCUGCGUCAGCAGCUGCCACCACCGCCUCGACCGACAUCGCCGCACACGCUUGCGCUCAAAGAUACGGGCGAGGCGCUAGAGCGGGGCACGACGGCGAAAAAGCAAGCCGAGGCUGAGGCCUGGGCAGAGCGACUGUCUUCGGCCUUUGCUGAUGAUUGCAUGGAUCAAGGCUUUGUGUUUGCUGCUGACCCGUUGGACGCCGCCGAGCCGCGCGGUGUCGAUGCAAUGGAUGAUGACGCAUACGCCCAGUAUAUGCGGACGUACUUGAACGCGCGUGUUUUUGGUGAGCACCGUCAUCAUCAUGCAAGCACAUCGGCCUUUGAUGCAACCGAGGAGGAGGUAGCAGCCGAGCGGGCGCGGCGGGCGCGGUUGGCAGAGGAGGCAUCAGCUCGAAUUCUGCGCGAACAGGUGGAGGAGACGGCCCGCAAGCGCAUGCGCACUCGCUCCAAUGACGUGGUCGAGUACGCGGUGCGUGCGGAUGCCUUCUUUGACCAGCUGCAGCAGCGGCUGAUUGCCCAGGAUGACCAGAGCGCACCCGCGGAUUCUGACGCCACGCCAACAUUGCUGGUGUUUGGUAAUGUGCCGUGGCUCGGGGAAGAUCGCAUCGCCGCGACAGCCCGGAUUUUGGGAGGUCUUGAAGCCCCCGCGGCAUCGACCGUGCCUCCGGCCAAGACCACAAAGGUGAUGAACGCUGACAAAGGCGAGCCUGGGGAUGAGACGGCCCGUGCCCGUGCAGCAGUGGCAGCCGAAGCGACGCAACGACGCAAGGUGCUUCGCUUGGCACAGAAGCGCUGGCAUCCCGAUCGAUGGGAAAAGUACCUGCCCCUUUUUGCGGCAGAAGAACAGGAACGGGUGCGCGAGGGUGUCAAGGCCACGGCCCAGCUUCUCAACGCUCUUGUUGAAGAUUUGAGCUAA